AUGGCCCCACUUACGAGGUCUGCUAGGACUGCUAGCUCUCGUUUUCAGGUUGAGCAGCCACCGGCUCCGGAAAUCAUCAAUCUCGAUGACGAUGAUGAGUCAAUGAAUCAGAACGAACCUCUUAACAAUAUAGAGGAGGUGAAUGAGCAAGUGAACGGGGAAGUGAAUGAGGAGGAGGAUGAGAGGAUGGACGAGGAUACAGACAACGUCAAUGGUAACGAGCUUUCGGAAACUGGAUCUGUCUUCCCCAUGGAAUCUAGUCUGAAGUCAGUGAUGGAAAGGAGCAUGAUUGGUAGAAAACCAGAUUCUCCCCAGCUUUUCACAGCUGCCGGUGCACAGGAAGCCUUCUUGCCCCUUCGCCGUACUGCCGACCGCGUCACUCGCCAAAUUGAGGCUUUCGCAGACAAGCUCGAUCAGUUUAAGCGCAAGAAUAGCACCGACGAGUUCCAGAAUAUACAGGCAGCAUACAAGCUAGUGGAGAGCUACAGGGAUUUGGCGAAUAACGCUAUCAAGGAUAUCACCAAACAGAAUACUAUCAAGCGUGCUAAGUCGGGUUUCCGGACGAGUCUAGCGCAAGAUGAUGAUGCGAAAUACAAGGAGGAGCUGAAGCGUUUCCAGCUAGAGGCCGACACAUGGCGCCUACUUUCGAAUCUUAUCAGCAUUGACGGCUCAACAAAUCUCGCCAGCUUCAAGGAAGGACGACAGACUGCUUUCCAGAUCCUUCAUCGAUACUCUUCGGAUCGGGAGAUUUGGGAACAAUUCCUAGGUGCCGACCAGUACGCCCUCGAGUGUGUGCUUUCACUGAGAUGGUUGGAGGAAACCUACAAAACCAGCGACAGCAACGCGGAACUUGAUGCGUUGAUUGCAGACAUGGAGGCCAAGGCGGACAGAGGUCAGGGCCUGUGGGCACACGGAUGGCUUUUCACAAAGGAGACUAUCAAGGCGCACAAGCGACUUCGUGUUUGGCCACACCCGUUGGAGCCGACUGACGACGCCGCCACUCGUACUCUCUUGCGCGAUGGUGAUGAAAAGCCAUUGAUUACACAGCUGGAUCCUGAUGCCCCUGUCCGGCAAAAGCACACUCUGCAGCCGCAAGAUGGAUCCCACGAACGCGCCACUUGGAUGACCUGCUGGAAGAUGCUCAGACAGGGCGAGCGCUGGACAAAGAUCCGCGAAUGGGCCGAGAGUAGUCUUGAGAACUGGAGAGCCGUGAGCAUGUGCGGUUCCAGCGUGGAUCCACACACCAGCAAUACGCGGACACCAGUUGAUGACGGGCUCACCCGUAUGAUGAGCAGCCGGGCUCAUGAUUCUUGGCGCUCGGCUUGCUACGCUCUCUCGCAAAACCCCAGCACCGACGACUAUGAGCAAGCCGUAUAUGCCCUACUUUGCGGUGACACAGAUGCUGCGCUGAAGGUAUGUACUAGUUCUGAUGACUACCUCUACGUGUACCUCAAUCGGGUGGUUCUCGCGCGCUAUGAGGACUUCUGUAAGCAGUUCCACCGGAAGCUCGAGCAAUCCCCCAAUACUGCAGUUGCAUUCAAGCCGGAACCAGCUGGACACGCAGAACUUCAAAAGUUCUUUGAGUACAUGCGCGGCGAUGAGCGGGUCGGUGUCGAAGCGCGCACUCCCUUCCGUCAACUUCAGGCUACGAUCUUGAGCAAGAGCUACGAUUCUUACUUUUGUCAACUCGCGCAGGCGGUUUCCCAGGUCAACAUGGACAGUUCUGGGCAGUCAAUAAUCCCAGAGAUGGAGUUGACACUAGUCAACGAUUCAUACUUGGCGGCUGCGAAUGACAAUGAGAUCAUGAAGAUGGCAACUCAUGCCUAUCUUAUCGUGCAAUCUAUUGGCUACGCGCGGACAGACACCGACUUUUUUGAGACCGCUUCAGUUAUUGUUGCCGGGUAUAUUGCCAAUCUCAAAAAGAGUAAACUCUUUGACCUCAUUCCUCUCUACGCAUCGCUUCUACCUACAGACAUGGGCCAUCGUGUCUUUUCGAAGAUUCUUAUAGAUAUUACCGACCCGCAAGAGAGAAAGCAGCAGAUUCGACUCAUGCAAAAGCACAGCAUCGACAUCAGUGCCGUCCUCGAUACUCAAUGGUCAUGGCUCAGCACCACUGUUUCAUCAAUCGAGCACUCGAGAGUGUUGAGCGGAUACUCCAGGGUGGUGGGACGACCGGACGGGUCUCGAGUUCUGUUGCCUCCAAAGAAGGGGUUGAUCGGAGAAGGAAUUUCGGACGAGGAUGACAAGUUGAUCCGCAGCCUAGAAUGGCUACGGUGUGCGGGCGGCCAAUGGCCUAAAAUCUGCCAGCUUGGAGGGUGGUUGUAUCGCAAGUUCUUUGUCUCUGGUAACCUUGCUGCUGCUGUGGAGCUGAGCCACCGGAUGCUCCUGUCAGAUCUUUCACAUGAGUCCUUUGGGGUUGACCUCUUCAACUCCGCACCCUCUACACCAUUUGAUGAGCUUCCAUCUAGCCCGAACAAGUCAAAGAGAAGCAGCCACAGGCGCAGCCAUUCUGGCAGCAAUACAGUCUUCAUCACUGACCACGGCAGUGCCUUCGACCUGGCUUUGUCCAUGUUCAAUCUCGAAACUCUAGCCCUCUGCUUCAAUGCCCUGAACAGUUUUGCCGGGGUUUACGACCUGGUCUCAAAAACCCAACGCCGUCGCGACUCGGUAGCUGUGCAGGAUCACCUUCUAGAAUUGCAGCAAUACCUAGAAGCGAUCGAGGCCUGUAUUGCAGUAAUGGUGGAUGAAUGGCUGCUGCCCUCCGAGAACGAGGAAGAAGAGAGGGACUACGAACACAUUCGUCGGACGUACGUGCCCGAUAUCCUCCUUGAUUACCACAAUGUCUUGUACUAUUCCAGUCACACUUUUGAGCAGCCUAACCUGCUCUCUCUGUGUAUGACAGUAGCGAUCUGGGCCGCAAGCACGCCGCAAGUGACCAAAGCAUUUGUGGAUUCACAGCGUAUGGCUGAGCUUAUGGAUGUGCUAGCCUUGUCCAGUAAGGCUAUGGUUCUCACAGACCCAAAGCAAGACCGUGUUAGCGAGGAUGGGCAGACAUUGGCACUUUGGCGAGUCAGUACGGCGGAGAAUGACGAUGGUAAGCUCGUUGAGCAUGAGUGA